ACCCCCCCGGACCACAGCCCCAUCCUGGCCCCAGCGCCAGCGCUGCACCCUCGUCCUUCAGCUCUGACAACAGCUCCAGCUGCUCCUGUGAGUCCUGCUGCCCCUCCUCCCCCUGUAGCUCUUCCCUCUCCGCCCCCGUGACCUACGAGACGGACACCAGCCGUGCCUCCACCCCCAGUGACGCUCCACCCACAAUGUUGUCCGAGUAUGCAACUGCCACUGUUGUGAUGGAGACAGUUGUCACAGAAACGCCAGAGACGGUUGUCACAGUAACUUCAGAGACAGGUGCAGAAGGUGCUAACAGCAGUAGGACAGCUGUUGUUGCUGAGGCAUUGAUUGUUGCCACGGUAAUCUCUGAGGACGUCAGCCCCGGACAGUCUCCUGACUCUGUACUGGUGGACUACAUUCUGGAUGCUUCCAUGGAAACCGUUACUGUGGAGACUGAGGCCAGUGGUGUAGCUUCUCCAACUACUCCCAUGCUCACAGAACAGCCUCUAGUUGCCACACCAACAGAAAGUCCUCUAGUUGGCACGUCAACAGAACAGCCUAUUGUUCCCACGCCAACAGAACAUCCUCUUGUUGCCACACCUACAGAACAUCCUUUAGUUGCCACACCAACAGAAUCUCCUAUUGCUGGGACUGUCAGCCCUGGUCACAACAAACUCCUUACUACAGGCCCUGUCUCUGUGUCAACCUCACACUCUGUCCUGGACUCUGGAAUAACAGACCCUGUCUCAACCACACACUCUGGAAUAACUACAGACUCUUUCCCAACCCCAUAUUCUGUCCUGGACUCUGGAAUAACUACAGACCCUGUUUCAACCCCACACCCUGGAUUAACGACAGAGCCUGUCUCAGUCUCAACCCCACACUCUGGAAUAACUACAGACCGUGUUUCAACCCCACACCCUGGAUUAACGACAGAGCCUGUCUCAGUCUCAACCCCACACUCUGGAAUAACUACAGACCCUGUUUCAACCCCACACUCUGGAAUAACGACAGACCCUGUCCCGGUCUCAACCCCACACUCUGGAAUAACUACAGACCCUGUCCCGGUCUCAACCCCACACUCUGGAAUAACUACAGACCCUGUCCCGGUCUCAACCCCACACUCUGGAAUAACGACAGACCCUGUCCCGGUCUCAACUCCACACUCUGGAAUAACUACAGACCCUGUCCCGGUCUCAACCCCACACUCUGGAAUAACUACAGACCCUGUCCCGGUCUCAACCCACACUCUGGAAUAA